CGGCGGUAAAAGAAAUUCAUCGGGUCGGGUUAUAGUAUUAUAAAGGGUUUUUUAUAAAAUAAAACGAUGGACGAAGAAGUGGAAAGUAUUUUAUUAGAAGAUAAUUAUUAUCAGUUAUUAAAUGUGUCCAAAACGGCAACAACAGAAGAAAUUAACAGUGCAUAUCGUCGGUUUUCACGUAUGUUCCAUCCAGACAAACACAGUACUGAUCCAAAUAAGCAGAAAUGGGCUGAACAAAUUUUCGGGAAGAUUAAAGAAGCUUACGAAGUGCUAUCGGACUCACAUAAGAGAGCAAUCUAUGAUACUUUAGGCAAAAGGGGUUUGGAGGUGGAUGGUUGGGAGAUAAUUUUUCGGACUCGCACACCAAGGGAGAUAAGAGAAGAAUAUGAGAGGCUCAAACGGGAACGGGAGGAGAGGAGGUUGCAGCAAAGUGCCAACCCCCGAGGCACUAUCACUUUAUCAAUCAAUGCAACUGAUCUCUUCAUGAAAUACUAUGACGAAUAUGAACUACUGGAAGAUACGACAAUAAUCCCAAGCAUUGAGGUCUCCGGGAUGAGCAUACAACAGUCCAUCGAUGUGCCCGUCACACUGAGAAACACUAGUACUCUCUCCGGAAACAUCUCUACACAAAAUGGCAUAGGCACAGGAGCAGUAACAGUAUCCAACAGGCAUCUAAGUUCAGAGCGAGGAUGGACGGAGGUGGAGUGUGGUAUUGGCAACGGACCCAUUGUGGGCUUCAAGAUGUUCCGGACAAUAUCCCGGCUGAUGUUCCUUAACUUUGGUACAGGCUUGCAGUUCACUUCACGGGGAAUUGUACCUAAUUUUGUGUCAACAAUGGCGAUGCAACUCGACGCCCACUCGGUGGGCUACCUGACCUACCGCGCGGGGGGUCAGGGUGGGUCUUCCAUGACGUCUACCUAUGCCAGAGACUCCGAGAAGUAUCACCUCAACUCAGCAGUCCAGAUCGGAUCGCCGCACUCCUUCAUAUCACUCAACAUCAUGAGGAAACUACCCAACCACGAUAUGAAGCUGAGGUUGGCUUUUAAGGUUGGCACAUUUGGAGCUAUAGCAGAGUACGGUGCUGAGAAGAAAGUGUCACAGAGUAGCAGUGUGUCAGCCGCAGUCAUGUUGGGUGUGCCCAGUGGAGUUAUGCUCAAACUGAAAUGGUCCUGUUCCACCCAAAGUAUAGUUGUACCGAUACACUUAUGUGAGGAAGUGAUACCAUCUGCCGUGUUCUAUGCGACAACAGUACCACUUGUAUCGUGGUUGUUAUUGAAGAAGUUGCUACUAGACCCCAUAGCAAGAGAGCGCACGGAAAGAGAGAAACGACGGUCUAUGGAGGCUAACUUUGAGAGACUACAAGAGAUGCAGCGUCAAGCGCGAGCCACCAUCGAGCUGAUGAAGGAGACGUACUCCCGCAUCCGGAAUGACGAGGAGAAGAAGAAGGGGCUGGUCAUCAUCAGAGCGCUGUAUGGGAGACUACCUGCAGGAGCAUCAGCUCACGAUGUGGACACGGAGGCGGACGAGGACGCGUCACCGACCGGUCCAGUUGAGGUCAUCGACGUGACGAUACCGGUACAGUGUCUCACGAGGGACAGCCGGCUAGAGCUGCUCGAGGCUAGCAAGUCCGAGCUGUCAGGUUUCUACGAUCCCUGCGUUGGCGAGGACAAACAUUUGACUGUGAAGUACAGUUACCAUGGCAACCUGCAUGUGUGCACGGUACCAGACAACCAGCCGCUAGUGCUGCCUAGAAACAAUCAUCGAAUAAAAAACAGAUCCUGAAAGUUAAGAACUUGGCGCAUGCACAAAACUCCAAGGAAAGCUAGCGGUGACAGAAGUGCUAAGCGCGUUUAGACUAUUAAAUAUGCAUAUUAUACAUAUGCAAUAUAAACACGCAUAUGCGUGUUAAGUGAAAUGCAUGUUGCAGAAAUGUGCAGUGCAUGCUUUGCAGUAAUACGUUCAUAUGCAUUUUUCAGUCGUACAUGCGUAAGUUACUUGUUAAUUUCUUACACGCGAGUAAACACGCAUGCAUAUUGAUGAAGAAUGAAAAUGUCAUUUAGUUUUAGAUGUGUGUAUGCAUAUGCUAAGUUAAACCUGUAAAUACACAUCAUUCGUACUGUCAGAGAAGUUUGUUGAUAGCAUAUACCUUCUUUAAUUCGUUAGACUAUGCUAAAAAGAUUAUGACUUGAAAUAACUUAACGGCCGCAUUUAGAGACAUUUAAAGAUGAAAAACUUCAAUUUAAUGAAGAAUUUGACAGAUAAUGUAU